AUGACGUCACAGCUUGCGGCAGCGCUUCAGACUGGAAGUGUUUGGUUUCGGGUGGCUGCAAUUUCGGGCGCGACAGCGGUUGGUCUAAGCGCGUAUGGCGCACAUGGCUUUAAGCCAAAGGAUCCUUACUACAUGGAGGUCUUCAGGCGAGCCAACAACCUCCAUUUAGUACACAGCUUGCUACUUGCCAUCGCCCCCAGCACAAAGCGGCCCUGGCUGGUAGGCGGCCUCACCCUGGCUGGGAUUACGCUGUUCUCAGGCACCUGCUACAACAUCGCCCUGCGGGAGGAGAAGAAGUGGGUGCAGCUGGCGCCCAUGGGGGGAUUCGCACUCAUGGCCGCUUGGCUGGCAUUGGCUCUGUGAUCAGGUACAUGUAGCAGCGCUGUUGGGGUAACCCAUGUGUAGGAAGGUUGUUGAGGGUGGUGGAAAGAGUGGUAAGGAAUAAUAAUGAUAAUAAUAAUAUUAUUAAUAUUUCGCUACGCCAAAAGAGGGGUUGCGGAGGGCGAGCGGGUCUGAGGUAGGUUGGGUCAACAGCGCUCGUUUGACUGAAAGCUCUGGAUGUAUGUCAGUGACGGUGGAGGAUUGAUUGUGUCUCUCUGUGAGGGCGGAAGUCGACACUGUGGGGCGUUAGGGAAGAUUGGAAAUGCUGCGGCCAAAGGGAAGAGUGUUCGGGUAUGGAAGGAUGGAGCUAGGUGUGAUUCUCAUUGGGCCAUGCAUGUGUCUGUGUGUGAGCAUAUCUGCCUGCGAACUGAGUGCAGAAUUUUAAUUUGCUGAUUGGUACUGCAGGCUGGUAAAGCUGGUCAUGUAAAUACGUCACGUGUGG